GUGUCUCCUUUAGGAUUCUCACCCGUUCUUACUCUUGUGUCUCGUGUCUCUGUCUCGUGUCUUGUGUGUCGUGUGUCGUGUGUCGUGUCUUGUGUCUCGUGUCUUGUGUCAUGCUUGCUCUCUCUUGUCGUUGUAUUCAUCUUGACAUGGUCCCCACGCGUGUGCCGCCGUGAAGGAUCGCUGCGGCGGGCGGCAUCCUUCGGAGCAUCAACAUGGAUGGCGGCUUUCCUUUUGGCUUGGCAACUUCAAGUCCUUCGGCGUCGUCACGCCAGUUGGGCUGUGUCCCUACGAAACCAUGCAUUCCAUCUGCUAGCAGCUUCACAGAAUUCGGCGUCCCGUCUCAAGAUUGCGCCCUAUCGCACUCAUACCGUCGACAUGUUCGACUGCAGAAAUUGACUCCAACUGAAGGAACCAAUUGCCAUGCUACAACACCAACGGAGCUUCAACAGCCCACAGUACCGUGCAACUCACCUCAUGCAUACCUGGCGAUCGCAACCGCGAAUGGGCUGCUGUCCAACAAUCGACCGUUGGCGUCUUCCCUUCACGAUGGGUCCAGACUUCCAAGAGGGCAUACGUCCGGCAGUCGCUUCUACUACCGCAUGUCGACGAAGCCGUUCUGGCUGAUCACUGCUUUGUCUUGGGUGGGUGUCCUGCGACUAACACCUCAUUACACGACGAUCAAGACUGCCUGGCCUCAAAGCUGCGUUCGCAUGGCGCUGUUCAGACAUGUUGUCGCACCCAGAACAGUGAUCAACGCCGAGCCGUACACCGCACUAAAUGGCUGAGCGACUAUCUCAUCUGGAGCAAGUUUUCGGUCUUGACCUCGAGGUAUGGGUGGCAACUGUCCAGAUGGCUUUUCUCCUCGCAUUUGACGGCUGUGUGAGAGCCAGUGGCUUGUCUCCAAGACACACUCGGCUUUCCAGUUCUGGCUCCGUGCUAGGUUUGAGUUUGGUCUACAGUGGCUUGGCUCUUGCGAUAACGCCCUUCUCCUGGCCUUGUCGACUGCUUCAGCCGUCAAGCCGCCAGUGCGAAGCGUUCUCAGCAUACAGUGGCGGCCCAAUG